GUUUGGUUCGUUGUCAGGAAGUAAAUGCAGCUCAUACCGGAAGUAAUCCUGGGACACUUUUGACAGUUUCUCUGGCCGUAGAAGCACGACAUACUGGCGUUCACGUUUGGUCGAUUAUUUACAUCUCUGAAAGUUUAUAAACCUUGCAGUGUGUUUGUGUGAAGACAGGCUUCCAGCCAUGUCUGCUGUGGUGGAUCUGAAGACGAAGGAGGAGAAAGAUGCAGAGCUGGACCGGCGUAUUGAAGCUUUGCGGAAGAAAAAUGAGGCUUUAAUGAAAAGACAUCAGGAAAUAGAAGAGGACAAAAAGAAGGCUGAGCAGGAAGGCAUAGCUGUGACAACACACCGCAAACCCCGCGCUCACGAGCCUGAUUCAGACCGGCGGAAGAUUGAAAAGGAGAACCUCACUGUGACAGUGGACCUGUCUAAACCCAGCGGGGAAAGUCGAAUGGUGAAUGAUAGGCAGUUAGCAUCACAACAUGCUGAUCGUGAAACAGAAGACGGGUUCUCGAGCCGGCCCCAACAUAGGACGGGAUCUGGGCGGCUGAGCAGAGGUGGGCAGCGUGGAGGUGGUCACCGCCCUGAGAGGAGAGAACCGCGUGAAGGGGAAGGAGGAGGAGGAGAGGGCCCUUCACACAUUGAACGCUCCCGAGGAGGACGACGGGGAGGAAGAGGAGGAGGAGGAGGAGGAGGAGGAGGAGGAGGAAGAGGAGGAAUCAUGCAGCAGAGUGGCUCAGGGUCAGAUAGAAAAUCAAAGGAGUGGGAAGAGAAAAGAAGGCAGAACAUUGAGAAGAUGAAUGAGGAGAUGGAGAAGAUUGCAGAGUAUGAGAGAGGUCAAAGGGCUGAUGGUGAAAAGAACCCCAUCAGGAACUUUCUGGAUGAUCCACGGCGCAGUGGACCAAUACCUGAGGUGGAUCGCAAAGAGGGAAGCCGCAGACAUGUCCGCAACUGGGGUGGACUGGAUUUUGAAAAUGUUAAGACUGGAGCUGAUUCAGAGAAAGAAUGGACGAAUCGGAGGCCUGGAGGAAAAGGCUCAGUGGAUAUGACUUUGUCGAUGACAGGCAGAGAACGGGCUGAGUAUCUGCGCUGGAAAAAGGAGCGUGCUCAGAUAGAUGAAGAGAGGUUGGCUCGUCAUCGUAACGCCACUGGUCAGUGGAGACGAGAGUGGGAUGCCCAGAAAACAGACACAAUGUUCAUAGAGGACCCAGCUGUGGCUGGAGAGGGCAUGCCAGAACCGGGCAGCAGGAGAGCAGAUAGGGGGCGUAAUGCCCGUACACAACAACGCAGUGGGGCUACAGACGAUAACAGAAAACCUCCCAAGGCACCCACUUUUGGAGAUUUCUUAGGGCAGGGCAAACCCAGAGAAGCAGGCCGUGGAGGCAGAGGAAGAGGGAAGGGACGAGCUCAAGGAAAGAGUUACAGUAUGCAUGAUAACCGGUGGGAAGCAGAAAAAGAGGAAGAAAAGGGGAAAAAGGAGGAACAGGAAAAGGAGAAGACAAAGGAAGAGGAUAAGCCCAAAGCUCCAAUAGAAAAACAGACUGCUGUUGCUGUAGAGAAAUCAGUUGCUGAAGAUGAAGAUGAUGAGUGGGAGGAUGCCAGUGAUGGAGAUGAAGUUGAAGAUGAGGAGGUGGAAGUGUUAAAGGAUAAAGAAGUUUCUUCCAAAGAGUCUAAACCUAUAGAGAAGAGCCCUAGUUCCCCUGCUGCAUCUACUCCCAGUCCUAAGCCUCAGAGAACACCCAGACCCAAAGUGCACAUCCCUUCGUCCCCACAAGAGUCUCUCGCUACUCCAGAGGGCACAAAGCCUGUCAGCCCCUUUUCCCCUCUGGAAGGCCACCAGCCUGUAACGGACUGGGGAGAGGAGAUGGAGAUGCUCUCCCCUAAAAGCAGCUUGGGUGAGAGUCCCUUGAGGCCCAGCAGUAAUGAAAGCAGUCCUGCUCAGAACAAGAGCCGAGAGGAGGAGAAUCACAGCGAUGCUGCCACGAAUCAACCCCUGCAGUCUGACAAACAGCAUGACACCCCGCCUGCAGAUUCAGCUGCUCCUGUACACCUUGAAGAUUCAGCAUCAUCACAACAGGCUGAUUCCACGUCUAGCAGCAAUAAUCCCACAGAGCCUGCAGAAGAUACAACUACACAGAAGGACGAGAGUGAAGAGACUGAAGAGACUUUGGGGCUGGAUUUGAAUGAAUCUAGAAGUGAAAGCGCAGCUCCAGCUGAGUCCACGGAUCAGCCAUGCUCAGGCUAAAGAGUAACUGCAGUAAGUGCAUCACUAGUGAUCUUGCAAGAGAGGGGGAAAAAAAGGUAAGAAGAGGUGCGAAGAAGACAUCGGGUGUAAUGGAUAUCCACUGCCUGAAAAUAUGGAGGAUGACUUCUCCCCACCUCCAUAACAACUCAUUGUGUGGUUUUGUGUUCUCUCAGCACGCAGACUAUUCUACUGCUUUGUGUGUUUCAGAAUCUAGGACGGAAAUCUACGGGGCUCUGCAAACCAUUUGUAUGACACUGUAAAGUAAAUGAAAAGCAUUAUAUGCAAGGCAAAAAAAUAAACGUACCGUAAGAACUUUAACCGUUUGUUUUAUAUGACAUUUGGUAACAUCUUAUCCUAGUCACAAGAGACAUUUGCUCUCAGAAAUAGUUUUCAGGCAAUUCUACUUUCGCUUCAUGCUGCUGUAGGUCCUCAAGGGUUAGUCAAUCAAAUGCAUGCUUUAGUUUGUGUAUGAUACCUAUGCAAACAAAAUGGAAACGGGCAUUAGGACUAUCAAAGUGAUUUAUAAAAGGCUGGAUUUUUUUUUUUUUUUUUUGUUUUUGUUAUUUGCCUGGAAAAUAAGGUGCUACAUAAACUGUCAUUUAUAAUUUAUACCCACAUGUAUGUAUUCUGACCAAAGAUACUUCUUAGAAGGUGUUUUGUAGAUGGAUUUGAGUCUGUGGGAUAAAUAAUGAAAUGAUUUGAGGCAACGAAGAAUGUGUACCUCAUUAAAACUAAUCUUGGUUGGAUUUUUCUUUUUUUGGUUUUAUCUAUUAUUAUUUUUGCUUUUAUGCUCUCCUUUUUUUGGGGCUAGGAGUUUUUCAUGAUGUGAAAGCAGGCAGUUUGGCUCAGUGAGGUUGUUUUAGUAGCACAGGUUUCUACCAUUUAGUAAAUUUAGUGGAAGUAUAUGGAUUGUAGUUAGUUUUUUUAAAAAAAGUGUACAUUCCAGUGCUUUGUGCAUCAUCUUUCACUGUUUGCAUUGAGAACCCUCAUCUUUAAACACACACAUGCACAUGGGGCUGGAAAAUUCAUGAAAAUUGUGAUUGUAUUGCAUCAGUCUGCUCAUGUUUACUUUAUAAUUAGAUCUAGAUUUGCCUCUGUUGGUGUUUCAGCAGUGCACACGUUGGUAAUAUGAUGGUGUUUGUAGGAUACUUCCCACAGUGAAACACUAUUAUAUUUCAAUCAGUUAUUUUAAGGAAGAUUAUGAAUUAAUGCUUAUGCCUUUUUAUUUUUCAUGUAAAUAAUGCAUUGUGUUAUUUACAUUGAAUUUUCUUUUUAAAUAAAUGUAUAUCUUUGCCUUAAAUGUCCUGCUGUACGUUAAUGGUCUCUGAAUUUCUUAGUUCAGAUGGUAGACAUGUAUGCUCAUGGAAAACAUUACAGAGGAUUAUUUUCAGCCUGUAAGGUACAAAGACUGCACAGACAAAGUGUCGAUCAUUCUCUAGAAGAACAACAAUCACCAGCUAUUCAAGACAAGACAAAACUGAUGCUUGUUACCUGAAGUCACAUCUCGGGUACUGUGUCAAGUGGAUGUUUCAAUUUUAGAAUAAAGUCAAACUUGUGGGAUGUAAAUUCGUCAUUGCAAGGAAUCAAGUCAAAAUUGUGUGAUAACUCGCAAAUGUAAGAUCAAAUGUCAAAAUUGCGAGAUGUAAAUUCGUCAUUGUGAGAAAUCAAGUCAAAAUUGUGUGACAACUCGCAAAUGUCCAAAUUGCGAGAUGUAAACUUGUAACAAUGAGGAAAAGAUUUAAGCUCGCAUUUCUGGGGAAAAAAGUUGGAAUUAUGAGAUGUAAACUCAAAAAUGUGAGAUCAAAAGUCAUAAAUAUAAAUUCCCAGUUACCCUUUUUAUUGUUUUUAAAUGUAGAAACAGAGAUCUAUAGCUUAUGAUUGUGAUUGACAUUUUUCUUUGUGAGGAAACAUUGUCAGCUUGUGGCUCCUAACUUCUCAGAGCAAUAACAAAUACACAUCAUCAACUAACAAAUGAGCCCCAGAAUUGCUCCAGCAAACACAAACAUUUCAUCAUGACACUAUUUAAUGUGUUGAAAGUUUGAGUUUCUCUUUAAAACCAUAAAUCCUUUCUGAAUCCUACAGCCGGAGUAGGAACCACAAACCCCACCCCAAACCCCGCCCACAAACGGGAGGCAGUGCGCGUGUUUUGUGCUGCGAGGACGCGCACUUGAGUGAUGCUGUAGAGAGAGCUGGAGCUGAGCUGAGCUGAGCUGUCCCAUACCGAGUACGGAGACUUAUGAGCAGGUUGUCCCGGCUGAACUCUUCUUAGAUCUCAUUUCAUUUCUGGAAAAGGAUUUUAUCUUUUAUCCCACAAUGAGGGGAGGCAAAAAAGGCGCAGGAGGAAGGCUAAGCGGGAACGCAUCCAGGAGACCGAGUUAUCCGGCUGAUCCCUGGAUAAAUCAGGCCAAGACAAGCACCAGGGUUUGGGUUAAGGUUGCAAUGGGCAUCGCUUACUUUCUCUGCGUUUCAAUCGCUGCCUUCUUUUUGGCGAUUUAUUACGUUUUCUUCUGGACUCCGGAGGCGUCCAACUCCACUGACGCGGGAAAGCUUAAUAACAGACUGGACUAUGGAGGAAACCAAACACCUGCUGGUUAAUAACAACGGCGAGGAAGAAGAAGUGAUCACGCAUGAAACUUCUUUCACUGCAUUCAUGAGACUGCCAUUUUCUGGCAUUCAGUCUCUCGGACGUUUGAACUUUCACUGAAAAUCACUGCAAACUUUUCUGCGUGAUUAUAUUUGCAAGAUCUGUUGUUCUUAUUGUACAACUUGGCAAUAAGUUUAUGUAACCAAUAUAUAUGAUACAAUCUAUGCACUUAUUUAUUUACUGGUUCGUUUGUCUUGAGUCUGCAUCCUUGCACAGCUCUAGUAAGAAUUACAAAUUCAUGUAUUGUAAGUAAUCAUUGCAGUGGACUUUGUGAUGUUUAUCAUAAAAACAACACUUAGCCAAUAUAAUUGUAAUAAGCUCAAUGUAUAAAUAAUCACGACACUGAUAAUGAUCCAUAAUGAUAUGGUUUUGAGCAUGUAACAAGUAAUGAUGUGCGCAUAAAUGCUGACAAACAGGGAAUUAUUUUUUGUUCCUGGAAAAAAUAUUUGAACUGUUUUGGCUACAGGAGUGUCAUUUUGAGUGUGUACAUUCAUUCUGAGGUUGUGACAUUUCUCUUCUUAUUUAAUUUACUUCUAUUUUCACUCCUACACCUGGUGUCUCACUGUUCUUUUUCCAUACCAUGCCCUUUUUGUCUUCCCUCUGGCUGUCUUACGCACUGCUGCCACUCAAGCCUGUAAUGAAUAAAAUAAUCGUUUUAUCAACUAGUUUACAUUUUAAUUAUUUUAUUCAUACAUUACUCAUCAGUAGCAUCUUGAUCCUGCUCAGGAUCACAGUGGAUCUGGAGCCUUCACACACAUGCACACAUGCUUUCACACCCAAACUCAGGUUCGAGCCAAGGACACUGGAGCUGUGAGGCAGCAGUGUUACCCCUUGCACCAGGUGCAUAUACAAUAUUUACUACAUUUAAUUCCCAUAAGUAAGUAUACCACAGUUCAACACGUUCAUAGCCUACAUCACCUCCAAUAUAUAUUUCUGCUGUGUGCUUGGUAAUAUGGGACAAAAUGGAAAUAGAAAAUGUGUAAGAUUAGUGUAAUAAUUAGUGUAAGAGUAUUCUUAUAUGCAUUUUUCUAUGCUCUGAUACUUGCCCUCUCAUGAUGUCAUUACU